AUGGUCCAGGGACGGGUGCUGGUUGUGGCCGGCUCGGACAGCUCUGGCGGGGCUGGCCUCGAAGCCGACCAAAAGGUCAUCGCCGCUCAUGGCUGCUAUGCCAUGACGGCGACCACGGCCUUGACGGCGCAAAACACCAAGGGCGUCCAGAACAUACAUGUCAUCCCCCCUAGCUUUGUGCAGAAGCAGAUCGAGGCCAGCCUGGACGACAUUGGUGCCGAUGUGCUGAAGACGGGGAUGCUAGCGACGGCGGAGACGAUAGAGAUGGUGUCGAAGGUUGUGUCAAAGUAUCAAAUUCCAUCUUUAGUGAUUGAUCCGGUCAUGGUCUCAACCUCGGGCGCUCAGCUCCUGCCCCAUCAGGCUGUCCAGCAUCUUACGAAGUAUCUGCUUCCUCAUACUACAGUACUGACUCCUAACAUUCCCGAAGCGAAGCUCAUUCUCUCCGAAGCCGGCCAGCCAGAACAAGAAAUUACUUGUGUGGAAGAUCUGGAGGCUAUUGCUCGCAAGAUCCGGGCCCUUGGACCAAAAUGGGUGCUUGUCAAGGGCGGGCAUCUACCUUUUGGUAAGGACCUGAAGAUUGGAGAGAAAGAGGUGGUCGUGGAUGUCCUUGUUGGACCUGCGGACGAAGAUGUGGUGAGAGUCCAGAGCCCCUAUCAAGAGAGCGUCCAUACACAUGGAACAGGCUGCUCUCUAGCUUCUGCAAUUGCCUCGGGUCUUGCCAAAGGACUUGAUGUUCCUUCGGCCGUGAGGUCUGCAUGCCGUUACAUUGAGGCCGGUAUCAGGACAGCGCCUGGGCUUGGGGGCGGGCAUGGGCCGCUCAACCACUUUCACUCUACUUACACUCUCCCCUUCUCUCCUGGCUACUUCAUUGAGUACUUGCUCAACCGUCCCGAUGUCAAAGACGUAUGGAAAACAUUUCGUCACCACCCGUUCGUGAUGGCCAUGGGAGAUGGCACUCUUCCUGUUGAUUCUUUCAAAGGCUACAUGGUGCAGGACUACCUCUAUCUAAUCCAAUUUUCAAGGGCAAAUGCGUUAUCAGCAUACAAGUCCAACAAUCUUCCAGAUAUCGCAAGAGCAGCACAACUUGUUACCCACACCACUCACGAAACGAAACUGCACAUCAAGUACUGCGAAUCUUUCGGUAUCCCACUUGCACAGAUACUAAGUACUGAGGAGCAUCAAGCGUGUACGGCUUACACCCGUUACGUUCUCGAUAUUGGGCAGAGUGAGGACUGGCUUGCACUUCAGUUGGCCAUGGCGCCCUGUUUUCUGGGCUAUUUCGCCGUUGCCGAGAUGUUGCGCGAUCAUCACAAGACGGUGCGUGAGAACAAUACGUACUGGGAUUGGAUCGAGUUCUACGUCGGUGCAGAGUAUACAGAGGCCGUGAGACUCGGUUCCGAGUUGAUAGAGAAACAUAUAUUACUUCAGUCUCCGUCAAGGAUAGAAGAACUUGUCAAGAUUUUCAUCCACGCUACCAAGAUGGAAAUUGGUUUCUGGGAGAUGUAUCCCUCCAAGUAA